AUGAGUUCUCAUCCUAGCCUCAGACGACAACCGCCACCACAGAACCAUGUCAUUGUCUCCUUUCCAGCUCCCUAUGUGAUGCUGGUCAUAUUAAACCGACCCAAAGCUCUCAACGCCAUGGUCAGCGCGGCACAAUAUGACCUCGAAACCCUCUUCGCCUGGUAUGACAGUGAACCGUCGCUUCGCUGUGCUAUCGUCACAGGCGCUGGACGAGCCUUUUGUGCCGGAAUGGACUUGAAGGAAUGGAACCAAACGAAUGCUCGCCGCGCCAACGGGGACUACGUUAGCCGGCCUCCAAUGCCACGAUCCGGAUUUGGAGCCUUAUCGCGGCGCCAUGGCAAAAAACCUGUUAUUGCUGCGGUGAAUGGAUUAGCUUUUGGUGGAGGGAUGGAAAUGAUCGCCAAUUUGGAUCUUGUGGUCGCGGCCAAGGGCGCACACUUCGCACUUCCCGAGGCGAAGAGAGGCGUUGUCGCCAUGGCGGGCUCUUUACCUAGGCUGGCUCGAACAAUUGGUCGACCAAGAGCGAUGGAGCUAGCACUGACGGGCAAGAGUAUCACUGCUGCCGAAGCGAGGGAAUGGGGAUUGAUUAAUGCUGUGACAGAGGAUGGGCCGACGGAUUGCGAGGUGUUGGAGCGGCCAGUUGUGAAGGCGGCACUGGAUUAUGCAGCUAGCAUUGUCAGCAAUAGCCCGGAUAGUGUGAUUAUCAGUCGUGCUGGAAUUGUGGCUGGUUGGGAGGAUGGAAGUGCAGAGAAUGCCAGUCGCUUGCUGAGUGAAAGUUGGGAAUCGAUGUUAAAUGAGGGCGAGAAUCUCCAUGAAGGGGUUAGAGCUUUUGCGGAGAAAAGAGCACCUCAGUGGGUGAAUAGUAAAUUAUAA